AAAUAAUUCGCCUGGCAUUGGUUUUGGGCGAGUGAUGAGUUUUAUUGUAUUUCCAUUCUCGGAUUCCUGCAUAUAUUCGAUUUCUCUCUCACGAGAUUCAAUACUCGUUGCUUGAAGGCCCGAACAAAAAGAAACUUCGUGCUCGAGCGGCGAUGUCGAGUCUCUGAUACUGGCAAUUUCAGCGGCAGCAUCAGUAGCAUUUCAUGGGGUUGAUGCUCCCAACAAGACACCCAAAAGGAGGAGGAGGAGGAGUCUCUACGAGAUGGGUUUCUCUUUUCUGCAUUUCAAGCUUCUGCUUUGGAGUUUUCGUCGUUAAUAGGUUAUGGAGCGUUCCUGAUCCCAUUAAAGUAAAUGAGAAGGCUUCAUCUAUGAAGAAAUAUCAAGAGAGAGACCUGCAACCUAUAAUUGAUUGCGAAAAGAAAGAUAACUCUAUCCAGGCGGGAGACAUCCUUUCUCAAGUUUCACAAACACAUGACGUAAUCAUGACUUUAGAAAAAACAAUAUCCAGGCUAGAGAUGCAGCUAGCCACAGCUAGAGCUGCACAAGCUAGUGAUCGGGACGGAUCUCCUAUGGCUACAAAACCAGGAACUGAGCAAACAAAGGGGCGCCAGAAAGUUUUCUUCGUCAUGGGAAUCAUUACUGCAUUCAGCAGCAGAAAGCGCCGGGAUUCAAUCAGAGAAACCUGGAUGCCUCGAGGAGAGAAAUUAAGAAAGAUGGAGAAAGAGAAGGGAAUUGUCAUGCGCUUUGUUAUUGGUCACAGUGCAACUCCAGGUGGUGUUUUAGACCGUGCAAUUGAUGCAGAAGAGGACCAGCAUCAGGAUUUCUUGAGACUGAACCACAUUGAAGGGUAUCACGAGUUGCCUUCAAAAACUCAAAUCUACUUCUCAACAGCCGUGGCAAAGUGGGAUGCUGAUUUUUACAUUAAAGUUGACGAUGAUGUGCAUGUCAAUCCUGGUAUGGUUGCUUCUAAUUUGGCUCGCCAUAAGUCAAAACCACGUGUCUAUAUAGGUUGUAUGAAGUCUGGACCAGUUCUUGCACAGAAAGGGGUCAAGUACCACGAGCCUGAAUACUGGAAAUUUGGUGAGGAGGGAAAUAAGUAUUUCAGACAUGCGACAGGACAGAUGUAUGCAAUCUCCAAAGACUUGGCAACCUACAUAUCAGUUAAUAGGCACAUACUACACAGGUAUGCAAAUGAAGACGUAUCAUUGGGUUCCUGGUUCAUCGGUCUUGAUGUUGAGCAUAUUGAUGAACGGAGCCUAUGCUGUGGGACUCCCCCAGAUUGUGAGUGGAAGGCCCAAGCAGGGAAUCCUUGUGCUGCAUCUUUCGACUGGAGUUGCAGCGGCAUUUGCAAAUCGGUGGAGAGAAUGGAGGAAGUACACCAGCGCUGUGGGGAAGGUGAUGGGGCUGUUUGGAGCGCCGAAUUUUGAAAACCGGACCUCUCUUUCAGUUGCAUCAGUUACAGGUUGUAAUCUAAUGUAUGCUAACUCAUCUUCCCAAUUUUCCUAUAUUCACAUGGCGGGUUAGUCCAUUUGUUACUUGAUUGUUUCCAAUGUCUUUCUCAUGAACUAAGGAAUUUUGAGUAGAAGUCACCGUCAGCUA